ACAGGUACUUAAAGCAUAUUUUCUGCCUUUACGCUUUGGGACUUAAACUAAGCCUUUCCCUAAGACCUUAAUUAUAGUUGUAUUUUUCUGAAACAUUUGCGUUUAAAAUGCUUUUUUCUAUUUUUCUUGACUUGUGGGAAUGUACAUCAAGCGGCAGACAUUGCUAAUGGAGCGCCUAUCACACAAGAGGAGAGCUUCAAGAUGGCGCAGGCAAUAUUUGAAGUGCUCGAAGGCAUGGACAACCAGACAGUGCUGGCGGUCCAGUCUCUACUGGAUGGCCAAGGCGGAGUUCCUGACCCAAACAAUCAAAAUGUCUCUGCGACGUCUGCCAUCCAGCCAAUGGAUGACGAAGACGUGUUCCUGUGUGGGAAGUGUAAAAAACAGUUCAAUUCUCUGCCUGCCUUUAUGACGCACAAGAGGGAGCAGUGCCAGUCUGGCUCCCCCUCUCUGUCCACGGUGUCCCUGGCCUCCACCAACGUCUACGCACCGGUCCCGUCAGUCAGCUCCGUACCUCAAACUCUCGCUAACAGACAGGUAUCGACCUACAUCACAGUCCCUCCGUCUCCUUUGACUCACACUCUGGUCCAAGGCAACGUGCUGGUCAGCGAUGACGUUCUCAUGUCGGCUAUCUCAGCUUUCACCUCCAUCGACCAGCCCAUGGCAGCCAUGCAGACACCUAUACAGAGUAACCUGAGCAUGCACACAGCAGGGGUAUCGUAUCUUCAGCACCAUAACCACCAUCAUCAACAUCAUCAUCAACAGCAUCAGCAGUCUUCCCACCCUCUGCCCUCCAGCCAGACACCAGCCCACGCCCUGCCAGCUGGACAGGCCACCCAGCAGCCACUCUCCUCCCAGGUCCCAGUGAGCCACAGCAACUCAGUGGUGCAGGUAUACAGCACGAUGCCCCACAUGGCAGGAGCUUCUGCUGCUGGUGCUGCCGCUGGUAGUGGUGGUGGUACAGCAGAGAUCCAUACGUUAGGUCUGCCAGCUUUCCAUCCUGUUCAAGUGCCUGGACAGUGUGUGGAAGGGCAGUCAUUCAGCAGCACCCCUGUAUACAGUCCCGGGAAGCAGGGCAGCAAAACCAAGAGCUGCAACCACAGCAGCAGCAGCAUGGCGGAGCUGAGUGACUAUGAAAAGGUCAUCAUACCCAAACAACCCAGGAGCAGCAAAAAAGGCACAGAUGGACCAACAGAGCACCUGAAGGGAAAAGGUCCAAAGCUGAAGUGUAAUUUCUGUGACAAGUUCUUCUCCAAAAACUUUGACCUCCAGCAGCACAUUAGAAGUCACACGGGAGAGAAGCCUUUUCAGUGUAUCGUCUGUGGACGAGCCUUCGCCCAGAAGUCCAAUGUGAAGAAACACAUGCAGACCCACAAGGUGUGGCCGAUGAGCGUGGCGAACACAGUGUCCCGACUGCCAAUCACAGUGAAGGUGCUGCCGGUUUCAUUCAUUGAGGGAGAGCGGAUCGGAGACCGGCAGAAGCAAAGCGACAGGGAACAGGACGGGUCACGGCAAACACAAGCAGAACAAGAGUCGGCACAAAGAGAGGCACCAGGUGAGGAGGCAGAAACGGAGGCCGAACCCGAUCUGGCAGCCAGCCGAGGGGACGACAUGCAGGGCGGUCAUCCUCAGGCCUUGUCCGACCAGAACCAACAGUGCGAAGGUCAAACCAAGCAGAUUGUUGUCAUAGACAGCUCCUACCAGUGCCAGUUCUGUGCUAGCAAAUUCAAGACCUACUUCCAGCUCAAGUCUCAUUUGACACAGCACAAAGGCGAGCAAGUUUAUAAGUGUGUGUUAAAGAGCUGCUCCCAGACCUUCCAGAAGCUGGAUCACUUCCUCGAACACAUCCGGACGCACCAGGAGCAGCUGACCUACCGCUGCCACCUUUGCAGCAAGGUCUUCCCCUCCCUGUUUGAGCUGGGAGUCCACCAGUACUCCCACUGUUUCUGCCCACAGCAGAACACGCGCAAGGAGACGACUGUCUACAGGUGUGUGAAAUGUCAGAACAGGUACUCAACCCAGGAAGCUCUGGAACAACACCUGCUGACUGCCUCCCACAGCUUCCCCUGCCCACACUGUCAGAAGGUGUUCCCAUGUGAGAGAUACUUCAGGCGCCACCUGCCCACUCAUGGCGUUGGAGGACGAUUCAGGUGUCAGAUCUGCAAGAAGGCCUUCAAGACAGAGCACUACCUCAAACUGCACACUCUGAUUCAUUCAGGUGAAAAACCGUACAAGUGUUCCCUCUGUGAGGCGACGUUCAACAGAAAGGACAAAGUGAAGAGACACAUGCUCAUCCACGAGCCCUUUAAGAAAUACAAGUGUCCCUUCAGGACACACGUGGGCUGCACCAAAGAAUUCAACAGACCAGACAAACUGAAAGCACACAUCCUGUCACAUUCUGGUAUCAAACCAUACAAGUGUCUGUUUUGUCAGAAGGCGUUCAGCCGCAGGGCUCACAUGCUUGAGCAUCAGCAGUCCCACACAGACAACUACAGGUUCAGGUGCUCCACCUGCAACAAGGGAUUCACCAGGCAGAGCUACUACAGAGAUCACAAAUGUCCCACAGCAGGAGGUGGGACUGGAGCAGAGGAAAGGACGGAGGAGGAAGAAGAGGCUGCAGUAGUGACGGCGCUUGAGGAGCAGGAAGGAGAGCGCGAUGGCAGGAGAAGCAGGUUCACAAGAAAAUCCAAGCGGUCGCAGACUGAUGGAGAGGAUCCAGUGGAAGAGGACUGCUCUGAGGAUGCUGAAACACAAAGCGGGGAGGGAGAGGAGGAAGAGGGGACUGAUGAAGGCUGCCAGGGUGGCAUUGCGAUCACUGAGGAACAGACUGAAAGAGAGGAGCAUGGCAGGGCGGAUACUAGGGGUGAGCUGCAGGCACGCACUGGGAGUAAUGCCCAAAUGAAGUUACAGAGGCAGCCAUGUUUGUAGUCCAAACCUGCAUCUUUGUAAAAACAUAAGAUUUCCUGUAUAUGCCCGUUACAUAACUGGGAGGACUAGGAAAUGAUUACAUUUGUUUUAAAUUAAAACAAUUCUAUUGAGAUGUUUUAUGAUGUUCCACGGGUUGGAUCCGGUUUGCCUGCAUAAAGUAAUUAUUUCCUCAUUUUUGUCUACAGGCUAUCAGUAAAAUUAACUGCUGCCAGUA